UUUUUAAUAAUCAAGUUUCAUUUCCGUUCCACUUCACAAUUAUGCACUACUUUGUGUUGGUCUAUCACUUUUAAUCUCAAUAAAACACAUUUCCUUUGUGGUUGUAAGGUGACAAAAUUAUGCCAGCCAUUAUAUGUGAUUAGUUUCCUAUUAAGAUCAUUUUAACAUGCUUUUAUUGUUAGUCUGAUAACUAUUCACAAUUUAAAAUGAUCAAUAUUUUUAGCAAAUGAUUGAUAUGUGAGCUUUUUUUAGGGAGGGACUCAGUUUGCUCAAGCAAAGGAUAACAGGUGUGAGUUCUUUAAAUAACGGCUUUAUUUAAGUCACAUGAGCAACACAUUUUCUCUGUACACUAUAUGGAGGCGUGCCAGGGACAAAAGCAUGCCAAUAUGUGAUGUCAUCUGUCUGCAGUUCAUAAUGUGCAGCUUAUCUCUGAAGUAGCUCUCUAUUUACCAUGGAUUUAAAGUGAAACUGGAUGUACUGGUUCAUUUGUUGCCCAGUUUUGUUUGACCACCAAAUAUUUACCAUCAAUCAGUGAAUUACCCCUCCAGCAUUGUGACACACAGGCCUGUGCAAAAUUGAUUCAAUGGGUGUAGUCACAGUCUUAAAGGGAUGUUCAGCUGAGACUGUAUAAUUAGUUCCAAUAUUGAACUCAUUCUUUUUUAAGACAAGCAGAACCAGAAUGUUUACACUGAUAAUUGUCUUAAGAAAUACAACCAAUAAAACUUUUACUUGCUUACACUGUAAAAAUAAAGUUAUAAUUUGUGAAUAUAGAUAAUUUACAGAAGUUUGAUUUCAGUUUUCAUGGAAAAACUCGCAUACUGACAAAUGUCUUGCUUUUGUCAGUAUUUCUAUUACACCUUCAAGGGAGUAGCUGUAAAACUACCUUGUCGACAGUUGUUUCCCGCACCCCACCCAGCCUCUAAGAGAACAAAUACCAGGCUGUCCGGUUACGCCCACUUUUUUACCCCUCCAGAACUAGUCUUAUUAAAGCUGUCAAGUUACAAAGCCUCACACAACCUCACACUGUUCAGGGAGAGGCUGUCUCUAUUCUGUAAGGCUUUAAUUUAUCUACAGUUCAACAACAAUUUGAAAUUUUUUCAGUCUGGUAAGAGACAUCUCGAAACCACAAUGGAACGGCAGAGUGACUACUACGCUCUGAUGUGUGGCCUCCAGGAGCUCGAUUUCCAGGGGAAAGCAGUACCCAGUGACCUUGUGUUAACAGGUGAACACGCUUUCCCUCUCUCUAUGAACCCCAGAGGCCAGGUCCUAAUGGCUGCAUCCCGCUAUGGCCAGGGUCGUCUAGUGGUGUUGGGACAUGAGGAGUAUUUAACACGCUUCCCAGGCCUGGUGGAGAAUAUUUUGGCUUGGCUCAUGCCCGUUUGUGCUGACAGCAUCACAGUAGGCAUCCAGAAGAGUCUCCAUUCACUUGCCAGCAACCUGUGCUAUUCCUCCAUGAAAACCAAGGUGGAUGACUUCCAGAGUGGGUUUGCGGUCUUCGUCUCUGAUGCCUACAGCGUGGAUGCAAAUGCUAAAGACUUGGUGGCCUUUCUCAAAGCUGGAGGAGGCUUGCUGAUCGCUGGCCAAGCCUGGAGCUGGGCUAAAGCCAACCCAGGACAGAACACGUUACUCAGCUUCCCUGGGAAUAAGGUUUGCAGCGUGGCUGGGAUCUACUUCUCGGAACAUCCAGGGGAACUUGGCAAAUUUCCGGUGCCCAUGCAGAUUCCUUCUAGCUGGCUAGCGGUGUCAAUUGGAAAGGAUUUCAAAGAUGACCUGAAAGCCCUGCUAAAAGGUGUUUCCGAGUUUGACAUUCAAGGAGGUGCUAUAGCAUCUGAGGUGAUGGCACAUGGACCGCUAGCUUUUCCCAUUGGGCUUACCUCCGGUGGUAGAGCAUUCAUUGCCGGGGCCUACCAUGGCCAGGGAAGGGUAAUCGUGACCACUCAUGAAGGCUACAUGGGUCGUGAUGCGCUGUCCACUUUCUGGAUCAACGCAAUCCGUUGGCUUGACGAAGGCCGUAACGGGGUUAUUGGUGUCUCGCCCAACCUUAAAGAUGCCCAUAGGAUUCUGAGCCAAUCUGGGCUGAAUUGUCAGUUCACUGGCUUAAGGGACGAUCUAAGCGUCUUCGUCUGCACGUCCUACAGUGACGCUCAAAGCCAAGAGAUCCAGGAAUUUGUGGCUGAAGGUGGAGGCCUCCUGAUUGGAGGUCAUGCCUGGUACUGGGCCCAGUGCAAUCCUAACCGCAAUGUGAUGACAGAGUGCCCUGCAAACCAUAUCCUCAGUAAGAUGGGCCUGUGUAUUAUGGGAUCCACCUUGGAGUCAGGAUUGUAUCCAGCCCAACAGGUGACAGCAGAGGGGACCCCACAAGCCUACCACUUCCGUGACUUGCUGCAGCGCUUUGCUGGACACGUGACUAAGGGCCAGGAACUGACCGAUCAAGAUCACGAGUGCCUAAAGAAGCUCAGACAUGACUGUGAAAACUACCUCAGAAUGCAGGCUCACGACUCCGCGUCCUACACAUCGGUGGUGAAUCUGCUUACUGACAUGGUGAAAGAGGCAGGAGUUCCGCAGGUGUGUAAUUCCUGUCCUAUUGAAAGUGCCAAGGACAAGCUGCUCCUUCAUGUGGGGUCUGAGGUCUACAAGGUCUGCCAGAACCCUGAUGCACUUCUGCCGUUCAUCAUCACAGACAUACCCAACUUACCCUCUGUGUCCAAUGCAAGGAUCCGCGUCAGUGCAAACACGGGUGAUGGUGAGGAAUGGAUAAGCACAGGUCUGUAUCUUUCUCCUGGAAUGAGGACCUUCGUUGCCGUGCCUGCAGAGAUCAUGGACAAAGGUUGGCAGCUGCAGAUUGGCUGUCAGACGGAUCACUUAGGUCAUGCAGAUGUUCUAAGACGGGCUCCUGUGGUGCAUGAACGCUUCGCUUUGGAUAAAGACAUGCUGCAGGUUUGGAAUCUGUGGGGAGGUCUCAUAUACCUGAUCGCUCCACCCAAAUGCAAACUGGACGGGGUGGAGGUCAUCGUCCAGACGGCCAUAAAAGCUCCAUACUACAAGUCUGGAGAGACCAGUGUGGCGAAUUGGAUGAAUGAAAUCCGCAAUGCCCCAGCGCCGUGGGCUGAGCUGGAGUUUGAGAAUAUCAUCAUCACCCUGCAGUCAGAGGUGAUACGGCAGCUGGAUCGGCCUGAUGAAGUGGCAGCUCUCUGGGACUCGAUCAUGAGGGGUAUCGCUGAUUUGGCUGCAGGACCUGCCAAGUUCCCACGCAAGGAGCGCUUUGUGGCCGAUGUUCAGAUCUCUCAUGGGUUCAUGCAUGCUGGGUAUCCCAUUAUGAUUCUCUCCUGCUCGGCUCCAGAGCUGGUAAACCCUGAAUCAGCGCGAAAGUUUGGCAUUUGGGGAGCCAUCCAUGAGUUAGGCCAUAACCAGCAGCGCUGGGCCUGGGAGUUCCCUCCCAAUACCACCGAGUGCACCUGUAACCUGUGGUCAGUGUAUGUGCAUGAGGAGGUGCUGGGGGUGAACAGGGCAAGCGCUCAUGAGAACAUGAGCCCAGAGAGGAGGUGGGGCCGAGCUCAGAGUUACGCCAUGGGGGGCAGACAGCUGGACCAGUGGAGCAUGUGGACAGCACUGGAGACGUAUAUGCAGUUGCAGGACAGGUUUGGCUGGGAUGCCUUCAAGAAAGUAUUCACUGCCUACCACACCAUAAAUAAUGUGCCGGGUGAUAACAAUGGCAAGAUGAACCUGUACGCUGAAACAUUCUCCAAGGUGGUAAACAUGAACCUGGCUCCAUUCUUCAAAGCCUGGGGUUGGCCCAUCCAGCCCAGCACUGAAGACGCGCUCUCUAGUCUGCCUGUGUGGAGUGACCAUCCCAUGGCCCAGUAUGACUGUUAGAGUACUGUGUGAGGCAGUGUGGAAAGCACCAUUUUGGCUAUGCUAGCUUAUAGGUCACUAACAGUUCCUGGUGCUUACCUGUUGGUUUGUGAUUAUUUAUCUAUGCAAGAAACAUCCAUAUUGAUUUACUUUUAUUUAUUUUCAGUUAUCUAUACUGACAUGAAGUGUAAGUAUAUCAUUAUUAUUAUAUAUAUGAGGGUAUUAUAAUCAGGUUAGAUCAAAUUUUAAAUAUCAUACACUGUAAUCUGAUGUCUUAACAGUUUAUGAGAUGCUUGCUGUUUUAUUCAUGUUGUUUGCAAAUAAAAAAAACUGCAUGAAAUCUGAAAA